AUGCCUAUUGGUGUUCCAAAAGUUCCUUUUAGAAAUCCGGGGGAGGAAGAUGCAGUUUGGGUUGACAUAUACAACCGACUUUAUCGAGAAAGAUUACUUUUUUUAGGCCAAGAGGUUGAUAGCGAGAUCUCGAAUCAGCUUAUUGGUCUUAUGGUAUAUCUCAGUAUAGAGAAUGAUACCAAAGAGCUGUAUUUGUUUAUAAACUCUCCUGGCGGAUGGAUAAUACCCGGAGUAGCUAUUUAUGAUACUAUGCAAUUUGUGCAACCAGAUGUGCAUACAAUAUGCAUGGGAUUGGCCGCUUCAAUGGGAUCUUUUAUCCUGGUCGGAGGAGAAAUUACCAAACGUCUAGCAUUCCCUCACGCUAGGGUAAUGAUCCAUCAACCUGCUAGUUCUUUUUAUGAGGCACAAACGGGAGAAUUUAUCCUGGAAGCGGAAGAACUACUGAAACUUCGCGAAACCAUCACAAGGGUUUAUGUACAAAGAACGGGCAAGCCCUUGUGGGUUGUAUCCGAAGACAUGGAAAGAGAUAUUUUUAUGUCAGCAACAGAAGCCCAAGCUCAUGGAAUUGUUGAUCUUGUAGCGGUUAAAUAA